AAUUGUGUUGUGGUCGUUGAAUAAAGGAAAAUGCAGUAACAAUGUAACCACACGAAUUCAUUUCUCAGAUUUUUUCAUAAUCUGAGAAACCAAAAAAAAAAAAAAAGUUCAGUUUCCCUGAAAAUCUUCACCGUUUGCCGGCGAUGGAUUCCGUCGCCCGGCUCACAAUCAUUCUAUUUCUCUCAUUGAUCGGUUACAUAUCUUCGGAAUCGAUCAUCAGACUCCCGUCGGAAAAAAAAAUAUCCGGCGAGUAUUGUGAUAGCUGGAGGCUAGCGGUGGAGACGAACAACGUCGGAGCAUGGAAGCAGAUUCCGGCGAGUUGUGUGGAUUCGGUAGCGGAAUAUAUGAUUGGAGAACAGUACAAGAGGGAUUGCGAUGUGGUUGGGGAAUAUUCGUAUGAAUUUGCGAAGCGCGUGGCGUUUGGAGGUGACGGAAGAGACGCGUGGGUGUUUGAUAUCGAUGAGACGCUUCUUUCCAAUGUUCCUUACUACAAAACCGUUGGAUUCGGAUCAGAAUUCUUCAAUGAGACAUCUUUCAAUGAUUGGGUGAAGUUGGCUGAUGCCCCAGCAUUGCCUUCUAGUUUGAGUUUGUACAAAAAGCUUCUGGAAUUGGGCUUCAGGAUAUUUCUCUUAACUGGGAGAAGUGAGUAUCAAAGGAAUGCCACAGAGACUAACCUUUUAUUUUCAGGGUACAGAAACUGGGAUAGGCUCAUCUUAAGAGGUCCUUAUGAUCAAGGGAAACCAGCAAUUAGAUUCAAGUCUGAGAAGAGAGAAGAGUUGGUGAGUGAAGGCUACAGGAUCCAUGGAAGCUCUGGAGAUCAAUGGAGUGAUUUGUGGGGUUUCGCAGUGGCCUCGCGGUCUUUUAAACUCCCAAACCCAAUGUAUUUUAUUGCUUAAUAAAAAAAUAUGGCUUUCUUCAAACUAUUCAUUUUUUCACAAUUGCUUGGUGUAAUAUCUGUUGAUGAUUUUUCAUUGUAAAAUUAUGGUUGUUACAACAGGUACUAGUUCUGAUAAGCUCCUUGUUAAUUGUUACAGAAAUGACUUAUUUUGAGCUUUCACAUGUUUUUAGCUCUCACCAAAUAAAUUUGCAUUGUUAGGUUGUUCGAUGAAUUAAUAAAUUAAGAGUUGUUGUUACAUGCA